AUGGAAAGGGUGGAACUGGAGGGGGUCCUGGAGGAGCUCGGACACUACGAGGGGGAGGAUGCGGGACUGGAUGAUGGGGGUGACAUCGGCUCCGCCCUGCUCUCUCGGCUUCACAACUCCCAUGCUGAGGGCCAUCGGCAUGUCUGCACGGUCGUUGGAGCCAUGUCGCAAGAGCUCAAGGACCAGGGCUUCCCCCUAUCCCCUGUGGCCUACUUUGGCGCCACCGUAUCGUCUCUCGAGGGGCUCUCCAAGGACCCCUCCUGCGGCGCAGACCCGGUUGUUUCGGCCCUCGUCUUCUUCUUGUCUGAGGUCCUCCCCAGGAUGCCCCAGAAUCUGCUGAGGAGCCGGGCAGGUCCUGUGCUGGAGACGCUAGGAAGGGUACUCAUGGCUGGAGUGUUGACAGAAAGUGCAUUGGAAGGAGCAUUGCGUUGUGUUCCGCACAUGAUCGUGGUUGGGGGCAAGGAUAACUGGCCCAGUGCGGCUCCUCUAUACAAAAUUAUUCUGGAAUAUGUGACGGAUAGUCGUUCAGUGGUGAGCCAUUAUCUCCGUUGAAACCUCCCUUGAAAUAUCAUCUUCGGUUGCUCUCUCCCUGGCUCUCCUAUCUAUCCGCAUAUCAAUGUUCAUCCCUAUCGAUAUUUUCAUGGCUUCUUUUAGUGGAAAAUUAAUCGGUGCUUGACGAUUUACCCGAUGGGGAACAGCUAUCUUUCUAUGUGCAUUUUCUCAGCAGAUAAUGAUUUCAAACUUUCGUGAGCAUUUUUUUUUAUUAGUAUCUUCACCCUUCAUCUGUGUGAUCAAGUCCAAAAAUUACACGCACCGUGAAUAGUGUACAGAUAACCUUGUCAUAGUAAUCGAACAGAGGUGAGGCUCAUUUAUUUUAGUUCGAUAAAAAUUGAAUCAAAAUAUUUUCUCUUUCCUUUUGGGUCUCUGUCUAUCCACUUCAGGGUAUAGAAAGGUAAUUAAGGUUUCUCUCGGUUACCUGUGAACUAAACUAAUAGCAUGGAAGAUAUGGGAACCCCAUAUUAAACUAAGAAAAAUGUCGUAUAGAGCAUCCUUAUUCUCAUUGCAUCUUAUAAUCUGGAUUUUAUGCUUAAUGUUUCUACCAUAGCUGACUGAACAUUAUCGCUCUGGAUUUUGGUACCAACUUUUUCUUACAUUCUGUAAAGGCUUAGAACAAUCUAUCCAAUACAAUGCAGGUCAGAAAGUUGUCACACUCAUGCAUUCGUGAUGUGCUUCAAGGUUUUCAAGGAUCACCGACUUUGGUGUCAGCUAGUGAGGAGAUCAAGGCUGUCUUUGAGAGGUUUCUACUACUUGCUGCGGGUUCUAAUUCUGCGAGUACAGCUGCAAUUGAAGGAGGAGGAAGUGGUUGGAAUAUCGUGUAUAUGUUAAAUGCUUUGCAAUAUUGUCUCCCUUUGAUGGUCACUAAGCAUAAAAAUAAGAUUCUGGCAUACUUCAAACCACUAUUGGAGUUGCGGCACUCCAUCGUAACGAGGAAUAUCAUGGAUAUUUUGCAUACUCUUUGUUUGAAUCCAGCGUCAGAAGUUGCACCUGAAACAUUAAUGGAGCUGAUCUGUUUGUUGGCCUCUUCUGCUUUAGACAAGGAAGAUUCAGCGGAUACAAUGGCCUCAACUGCUCGCUUAUUGUCUGUUGGUACUAAAAAGGUUUAUGCACUAAAUCGUCAGGCUUGUGUAGUUAAGCUUGCAGUCAUUAUCAAUGCUCUUGGAGGUUCGGUUUAAUCUUCCGUUUAUUCAUUCCUAGACUUUCACUGCCUUGGAUUAGCUUAUAUCAUCACACAAGUAAGGUGCGAUUCUCCUUGUCUUUGACUUUUGAUAGACAUCUUGGCGCGGGGGCAUGAAGAGGCAGUUUUUGCUGCUACAGAGUCAUUAAGAAGUCUGAUACGUACUUGUAUAGAUGAUUCACUGAUUAAGCAAGGAGUUGAUCAGAUCAACUUGACAGAAUCUUCUGGAGAAAGAAGGUCUGGUCCAACGGCCAUUGAAAAGAUUUGUGUUACUCUUGAGAGUUUACUUGGUUAUCAGUACAACGAAGUAUGGGACAUGUCAUUUCAGAUUCUGUCUGCGAUGUUUGAAAAAUUAGGUACGUCUCCCACCUUCUUUGUUUUCUUCUUCUGUGUACAUAGUUGAUAACCAUUUUUUUAUCAUUUUCAUGUCUUUUUUCAAGAGUUUAUUGACACUUGAAAAACGUAUACUGGAUACAACUCUUUAUUUGUCUACAAAAAUUUCAUGUCAUAUUCAUUCUCGACCCUACUCGAAAUUUCAUGAUGGAAUUUUGUUUCUGAAAUUUCCAGAUAAUUUCAUGAUGGAAUUCUCAGUCAUAUGAUCGGUCGUAACACGGUAUUAGUAGUGGUCUUUUAUUCAUAUUGAUCUGAAAAUUUUGUGAGAGAAAUUAGGUGGUAUAUUUAUCUGUUACUAAUGAGAAAUUGACCAAGGUGUCGACAAUCUUGUCCUAGAGUGAAGAAUUUUUAAACAUUCGUGAAAAGAAGUGCACAGAUAUCCGGUCCCUUAUGAACGUAAGUCUUAGUUGAUAUUAGAGCAAGCGGUAUUAAACACCGUUGGGAAUAAAUUAUUAUUAUUUAUUUUGGUGAUGACAUGAUAAAUCUUAAAAUAUUUUCCGUGCUGUAUCCUGGAACUCUAGAUGUCGAAGUCGUAAGAUAGAAUAAGCUAAGAUAAGCAUGGCAUCGUUAUUAUCUAAAAAAAAAAUAUUAGUUGACCAGAACCUUCAGAAGGUUCCUCACGCCUAUGCUGCUGUAUUGCCUUCAGCGAAAAAUGCAUGAAAUAAAGAAAGGUGUGACCUGGCUCCUCGGGAUGAAACUAGUUUGGAUGAAGUAAUUAGCGUUGUACCCUCAUAAUAUACCAAAUGUCCAUCAGAGUUGAUCCUUCCAACAUUCACUUGGAAACAAUCCUCUAGAGGGGAAAGCAUGAUGUUGGUUUUGAAAAAAAAAUCCUCUCCUGUGGAUAUCCUGGAUUUUUUUUCACUUUUGAUGUACAGAAUUUUGUUUAAAUUCCGCAGAGAGCCAAAAUUGAUGCAUAGUAUUUUUAAUUUGAUGGUAUAUGCCUUCUUUACACCUAGUUGUUGAUUGCCACAUGCUUUUAUGUUGUCUAAGGAUUUUUGGAUACUGUAAAAACUGUUCUUGUCGUUAGAUGGGAAUUCUGCCUGGUGACGUGUCGUAAUUUCUCUGUCAGAGCAUGACGCUGUUAUAAUUGUCUCGUCUUUGAUAAGAUUUAUAUAUCAUUCACAAUCAGGUAAAUCUUCGCAUAUGAUGUCUGGCGCGAUUAGGAACCUUGCAGAGAUGCAGAAAUUAUCUGAAGAAGUGCUUGCCCACAGAAAGCAGGUACGAUCAAUGCACCAUACAGCAUUGUUGUCAAUCCUACAGAAGAAACAUUGGGUUUUUAGACACCUUUCUUCGCUUUUUCUCGUUCAUGAUUCUUCUCUCUGAGAUAAGAAUAUUAUAUAAUUUUUAAAAAGAAGCAGAAACAUUAUGCCAAGUUUUCUUAGCCAUUACACCUUGUGUGAUUACUGAUAUUCUUGUCAUGCGGAUGCUUCAUAUCUGAAGCUUCAUGCAUGUCUUGGGGCAGCUGUUGGUGCGCUCGGCCCUGAGCUCUUUUUGACAAUUUUGCCGCUCAAAGUGGACGUGGAGGACAUAUCUGAGGCUAAUGUUUGGCUACUUCCCAUAUUGAAGCAAUACACUGUCGGUGCACAUUUAAGUUUCUUCAAAAGGCAAAUUUUGUUUUUGAUCAGACGCCUACAACAGAAAUCUCAAAAGGUGCCAACCUUGGUACUUCGAAGUUGAAUUAUGUUAUGCUAUAACGUGUUUGAUGUUCAAGACAGAUUUUAUUUGCAGCUUGAGCGGGAUGGAUUGAUUGUUUCAGCUAGGAAUCUGAAAGCUCUUGUUUACUCCCUGUGGUCCCUGUUGCCUGCGUUCUGCAAUUACCCUGUUGAUACUGCUUCUGGCUUUGAAGGUCUUCAGAAGGUGUUAUGUGACACACUUAGAGAGGAACCCGAGUUGCGUGGAAUUAUCUGCUCCAGCCUGCAGGUUUGUACAGUUUGGCCUAUCGUUUUUUAUUUUGUCUGUUAAUCAUUUUACAUGGCUAUCCUUAUUACAUAUCACUAUGUUUGUGUAGGUUCUGAUUCAGCAGAACAGGACAGUGCUCACAGGAAAUUUUGAGGCAUCUGAUGAUGAAAUGAGCAUUUUUGAGCUGAAGGCGAGAGCCUGUUAUACUCCUCAGCUUUCUGGAGAAAAUCUAAAUGCAAUACGUUCAUCUUCUCCCGAGUUUUUCUCAGUUCUUUCUGAAAUAUUUUUCAAGGAUUUGAAGGACAGUGGUGGAUGUUUGCAGGUACUUUGGCAUAUCUAUAAAUCUGGCAGUUUGAUAUUGUAUGAUGUACUUUUUACGGCUUAAGAAUCUCUGCAUUUUAUUUUUUCUAUUUCGAUAUACCGGGACAAAUUCUUUUGUCUAUGUUCGUGUCAUUGAUUGUUAUUCUUCGAGAAUCAAUAAUUGUUUUACAAAAGACUACAUUAAUCCUUCUCUGAAAGCAGUGGAAAGCUUACAACUGCCAACGUAGUGAUAUAGUUGAAAAAUGUCCAUAACCCUUUUCUUUGCAAAAUAGUUAAUCCCCUUGCGUCCCUUCAUCCUGCAUCCAGGAAAUACUGGUUACGAGAAUGCGUUUCGCAUUUCUGUAUUUAAGAGCACUGAAUUUAAUAUUUUAUUUGGCAGUCCACGAUCCAUGAGCUUGCCUCCAUAUCAGAUAAAAAGCUGGUCAAGAAGUUCUUCACACGUACAAUGUAUGAGCUCUUGAAGGUUAUUCAAAAAAUAAAUAAUACAGAUCAAGACAAAAGUUCAACUUCCAAGGAGGUUGAUGCUUCUUCUGGUGAAAACUCAAGUUUAGUUAAAAGGUAAGGGUAUACUUUUUUUGUUGGGUGGGUGCAUGGGUUGGUGUCGUGAUUAUCAUAGGGAAUAAUAAACUAACAAGUUCAUGCGUCGAAUUCUUAUUUCUGUAAUGACAGGGCCCUCCUCCUGGAUUUAGCCGUUUCACUUCUGCCAGGAUUGGAGAUGGAAGAGAUUAAUUGCCUAUUUAGUGCCAUAAAACCUGGAUUCAAGGUGUGUUUUGAUCAGCAAACCUUUAGCAAUCGCUUUUUUCUUAGCCAGUUAGCUCCCAUCAGAUACAAAAUGAUGAGACGAUUCUGACAGAUUCCAAAUUUCAGGACAAAGAUGGUUUGAUUCAGAAAAAGACUUACAAGAUUCUUUCCAUAAUCCUCAAGGUAUGACUUCCUCUAGUCUCUUGCUGAUGCUUUACGAGUGUCUCAGCAUUUACAAGAAUAAGGUUUAAACGUUCAGAUCGUUAUUCUAAAUGAUGUUUCAAUUGUUUUGUAUCAUGUAGGAGCGGAAUGACUUCCUUUCGCGCGAGUUAGAUGGGCUUCUUGGGAUGAUGAUAGAGGAGCUACCUCAUUGUCAUUUUUCAGCUAAACGUUACAGGCUCGACUGCUUACAUUAUUUGAUCCUCCAUAUGUCCAAGGUUAACACUGACAUUGAGUAUUCUGUGUCUAGAUUUUCUUGGAGUACAUUGACACGUGCAGAUUAUAGCUCUUGCCGGAUUGAUUUUUAUUUCUGAAGUUAGUUGGGCUUAGUAGUAAAUGGAUGGAUCGUGCGCUUUGCUUUCAGGAUGCAUCUGGAGAAAGGAAGCAGGAUAUUAUCAGCAGCUAUCUCACCGAAAUAAUACUUGCUUUGAAAGAGGUAGUCCUUUUUUUCAUUCAAUUCGUAAAGGGUUUUGCCUUUUCGUCACAGAUGUGUUGCUGUUCUGUCCAGAAUCAAUUGUUGUUUCCACUCCCAUAAAAGUAUUCAUAGUUUGUUCCAUUUCUAUCUUAUUGAUAUCCAGUGACCUUUUUUUUUCUUUUUUUUUUAGUUAUUCCAUUCCUUCUUUGAGGCUUUAUGGGUUCCUCUAUUUGGAAGUCUGAAUCCUUCCCAGAUCCAUUCUUCUUAAUCGAAAUCCAAAACUCUUAAAGGGAAUAGAGCACACACACACACACACACAAACACACAGACACACACACAGAGAUGUCUAAUGAUGCGCCAUUUGUCUAUUUUGGCUAAUCUCAAUGUGGUCUUGCAGCCUAUUCUGGUCUAUUUUGUAUGUCAAGCAUAUUACAGCGUCUAUGCAUCUUAUCUACUACUUCAAUGAAAACCGGAUCCUUCCAGAAGGAAAAAAUUGGACCCCUAAUUAUCGGGUUCCUGCUUGAAACCUGUAUUCUUCUCUCACAUUCCUUCUUUAAUUCUUCUUGAUUUAUUUCAUGUUUCCCCUGAUCUUUUUGGACUCUCUCUUUUCUUUUCUUUUUUUUACUGAUUUUUAAUUUGUUCAUCAACCAGCUCUCCAUUCAAGAUUUGGCCAUUAAGAAUGUACAGCUUGUAUUUGGCCAAUAAAUUUCACGCAUAGCUGAUGGCAUUAUUCAUCUGAAGUUAGAACUAUGCAAUUUCCUUCAUAACACGUCGAUCAGUAGUCUCAAUAGCUUGCAUGAAAAAUCCUCGAGAGUUUAUCCUCCAUUUGUACAUGAUCUCCUUCAAGAAACCCAUGCCAAGUACAUGAGACGAGUGACGAGCAACCAUUUGGUGAGAUCGACCAUUUUUCGUCCAUUUUUCUUUGCUUGUCGUGACCCGACUUCUGGAAUCAAGAUUAAAUUGGCUUCUCACUGCGUGGUUGUCCCUCUAGGGCUCCCUUAUUUCUUGUCAGAAUUUUAAUCACUUUCCCCAAGUAUUCGUAGAAAAUAAGCUUCUGGCAAGCACUGACACUUGGCGCUGUGCGCUCUCAAUAGGCUAACAAGAAAACGAGAAACCGGGCAUACGAAUUGCUGGUCGAAAUUGGCCGUGCCUGUGGAGAUGAAGAACAAGGCGGCAAGAGGGAGUACCUGCAGCAUUUUUUUAACAUGGUAUUAAAAUCAACCGUCAAUUUCUUUUCUCUGUGGGCUCUAUGAAUAAAGUCACUAUUAUUUUUAUUUUUUAUGUUUUUUUUUUUUUUUUUUUUUCUGACGCAUGUCUCUUCGCUGUCAAAUGGCUUUCUGGGCUCAGGUUGCCGGAGGCCUGGCAGGGGAAACUCCGCACAUGAUCAGUGCAGCCAUCAAAGGGCUGGCUCGCUUGUCAUAUGAGUUUUCAGAUCUUAUUAGUACAGCUUACAGCCUUCUCCCAUCUGCCUUCCUCCUGAUGCAGAGAGAGAACCGCGAAAUCACUAAGGUAUACCUGCUACUCUCCUACGUGAUGUCUGGGCGCAGUCAUGGUGACUGUGCGAGACGAGACGAGGCAAAGCAUGAUGUUGGAUCUUUUCGCAGGCGAAUCUAGGGUUCCUCAAAGUGCUCGUUGCUAAAUCACAAGCCAAUGGAUUGCAUAUGCACUUGGGUGGCAUCGUUGAUGGGUUACUGAAAUGGCGAGAUAAUACCAGAAACCAUUUUAAAUCCAAGGUACGCUUCAAUCUGCUGCCUAAAACCUUGGUGGCAUUUUCACAUGAUUCUUUCUUCCCUCCGACUGAAAGAUCAUGCCGCAUCUUCAUACUUUCAGGUGAAGCUUCUGAUCGAAAUGAUGGUGAAGAAAUGUGGCCUCGAUGCAGUGAAAGCAGUAAUGCCCGAGGAGCAUAUGAAGCUGCUCACCAAUAUAAGGAAGGUUGGUAUUCUUCCAGCACGCAGCUUGGUUGACUUCCAACUAAAAUAAUUUCUUUCCUUUGUUCGAGUUUUUGAAUAUUUCGCCGACGAUGCGCGCAGAUUUCUGAGAGGAAAGAGCGAAAAGAGAAAUCUGAGACUGGGUCUCUUUAUUCCAGAGCCAGUAACUCCAGGUAGGUGGCACAUCAUCACCGGUCUAUAAGUUUUUCUUUUUCUGUUGACUUUAUCUGAUUAUCCAGAAAAAAAAACAUAUUGCGAGCUCUUCUCUUGAACCCUGAGAAGUUGUGUUUUGUAAUCCGAACACGUUGACCAAAAAAAUUGCACCAAAUGGAACCUAAUUAGAAAGAAAUUUGCAGGAUGAUAUGCACUUUUAAAGAGUCACGACGUGCAAAGUCAAACCUUUUUUUGGCAAAUAAGAUUAUGCUCAAAGGCUAAAUGUUGGAAGAAGAAUCCUUUCAAGCACUGAAAUCUUCCUACUCAGGAUGGCGUAGGGAUUUAGAUUUUGCUAAGAUGCAGCUGCAUUAAUUCUGCAUGAUGAGCCAUUUAAUUGAUUACCCAUCAACGAAUGGAGUGCCAUUUCUUCAUUUAUUCAUGGUUCUCAUCUCGCGGCCAAACUUUGGUUUGGUCAAAACAUGACCCUUGAUCCGCCGAUUUCUCCAUGUCUUUUAUUAGUAUAUGACCAGCGGCAAUGCUCGUAUUCAAGAACAAGUGGGCAGACUGCGCGUUGACUGUGAUCCGCCUCUCCUAUUCUGUGGCAUAUUUUUUGUCGAGAUUUAUCGCUUUUUUCGAAGUGUAAAUUACGUAAAAAAAUUGCUCGUUGAUGAAUUUCGAUUUUCGACGUGCAGGCACAGUAGAUGGAACCACACCCACAUAUUUUCCAGCUUUGGAGAGGACGAGAGUGACGCAGGAGGAGACUUGGUUGUGGGCACCAUCUCCGGCGGAAAGUCAAAGGCCUCCCGCGCCGCCAAUUCAAGAGCUUCUUCGUCGUCGAAGUGGGUUCCCCGUGACGAGGAGACGAUCCUUCCCAGACAGAGAUUAUGGAUGAUGGUUUAUUCAUGGUGUGUUCGUUCAUUUGUCGUAGGCUGAAGCGGCGGGUUGCGCCCAAGAUGCUGUCGGAAGACCUGCUCGACCAGCUGGACCUGCUGGACCGACAGAGGACCAGGUCGAGCCUCUACAUGUCGGCGGCACAGCGCAAGAGGAAGGCGGACCCCGGCGAGGAACCGGCAGAGAUCGCCGCCGACGGGCGGCUCGUGGUGCGGGACGACGACGAGUCGAGGGCCGAGGAGAGGCGGCGGCGGUGGGAUUCCUCCGACGGCGGCGACGGCGGAGACAACGCCCACCGCCGCCGGAAGGAGAAACAUCCCACCUCCGGCGGCGACGCGGCGUCGGCGGUGGGCUCCUCGUCGAGGGGUCGGAGCAAGCGGCAGAAGACGAAGGAGGCCGGGUGGGCGUACGCCGGCGGCGAGUACAGCAGCAAGAAGGCCCGAGGGGACCUGAAGGUUAAGGACAAGCUGGAGCCGUACGCGUACUGGCCGCUGGACAGGAAGCUGCUGAACAGGCGGGCGGAGCUGAAGGCGGUGGCGCGCAAGGGCAUGGCCAAGGUCAUGAAGAGGAAGCACGAGGGGAAGGGCGUAGCCGCGGUUGCCAAGGGGGUGACGCUCUCCAGGGCCCAGAGGACGGCCAAGAGGAAGGGCAAGUUGCUGCAAAAGAAGAAGCACGCCAGGUGA